AUUUUCAUAUCAACUUUUAUAUUUAGUUUGCUAUUUAUUUAUCCUCCUCUUAUUUCUUUUUGUUUAGAAAGCUGAUUGAUGCAGACACAUUUUCUAAAUCUGAUCCAAUGUGUGUAUUGUUUGUACAAGAUCAUGUAAAUAGAGGCUGGAAGGAAUUUGGUAGAACUGAAAUUAUAUGGAAUAAUCUCAAUCCAGAUUUUGUUCAAAAAUUUGUUAUGAAAUAUCGAUUUGAAGAACUACAGAAAUUGAAAUUUGAAAUAUAUGAUGUAGAUUGUAAAAGUCCAGAUUUAAGUAAACAUGAUUUUCUGGGUAGUACCGAAUGCACAUUAGGAGAAAUAAUCACUUCAAACAAAAUAGCUAAAAGAUUAGCUGGUCCAAAGAAAGACAGUGGUUCAAUAAUAAUUAAUGCUGAAGAACAAAGUAGUUGUAAGGAGAGGGUGACAUUACAUUUUUGUGGACACAAAUUAGAUAAAAAAGAUUUCUUUGGUAAAUCUGACCCCUUUUUGUCCAUCUAUAGAGUCAACGAAGAUCAAAGCUUUACACUAGUUCACAGAACAGAAGUUAUAAAGAAAACAUUAGAUCCCACGUGGAAACCAUUUUCUAUACCUGUUCGAUCUCUGUGUAAUGGUGACUAUGAUAGGGUAUUAAAGUUUGAAUGUUAUGACUGGGAUGCUGAUGGAGGUCAUGAUUUCAUUGGUGAAUUUAAAACAAAUCUAAGAGAACUUUCAAGAGGACCAUCUGAACGAAACAAAUAUGAGUGUAUAAAUCCUAAGAAAGCAGCUAAGAAACAAAAAUAUAAAAAUUCUGGAGUGAUUGAAAUGAUAAGUUGCAAAAUAGAGCAAGUUUUUACAUUUUUGGAUUAUGUUCGAGGAGGUACUGGAAUACACUGUACAUUUGGUAUAGAUUUCACAGCAUCUAACGGAGAUCCUAAAGAUUCUGGUUCUUUACAUUAUAUGAGUCAAUUUAAUCCAAGUCAGUAUGGUUUAGCGAUCAAAGCAGUUGGUGAUAUCAUAAAAGAUUAUGAUACCCAUCAGAUGUUUCCAGCAUUGGGUUUUGGAGCCCGUCUGCCACCAGAUGGUGUUGUAUCCCAUGAAUUUGCACUGAACGGUAAUCCUGCCAACCCAUAUUGUCAUGGUAUUGAUGGUGUACUACAGGCCUAUCAACGAACAUUAACCAGUGUUCAACUUUAUGGACCAACUAAUUUUGCUCCCUGCAUAAAUCAUGUAGCAAAGUUUGCAAGAACAGCAGCUGUUAAUGGUAAUGAUUAUUUUAUUUUGUUAAUUGUAACAGAUGGUAUCAUAACUGAUAUGCCACAAACCUGUGAAGCUAUUGUACAGGCUGCUAAGUUACCUAUGUCCAUUAUUAUAAUUGGUGUAGGAGAUGCUGAUUUUGGAGCAAUGGAGGUAUUAGAUGGUGAUGAAAUAAGAUUAUCAUCUAAAGGUGUUUAUGCUGAAAGAGAUAUAGUACAGUUUGUUCCAAUGAGAGAGUUUAUGGGUCGAGGUGGACAAGAUAGAUCACAGAUACAGUCACGUUUAGCACAAUCUGUGCUUGAGGAAAUACCAGAUCAGUUUCUAUCGUAUAUGCACAAAAGAUCAAUAAAACCACAUCCACCUGUUCAAAGACAUUUAUCCAUUUCUUCCUUAGAUUCCUUACCAAACUCUGAACGAGGAUAAAGAAACUUAGUAAUUGAGGAGUAGAAUUAAACUGCAAUGGAUGAAUCUAGUGAUUUCCAUUUUUUCCCGAUUCUGUACUUAAGCUGAACUCAAAACUACUUACAUACUUAUUAUUUUAGAGUGGAGGGCGGGGAGGAGGUAGGGAACAAAAAAGAAAGGUAUGCCCCUGGUAGUUGGAAUUUGAAUAAGAGUAGGCGGAACCCCCCCCCCCCCAUUGCACUUAUAACUAUAGAUAUGAAAUACACCAUAAUAUGUUAAUCUCAAAAUGAACAAAGUAUUGUGUUCACAAGACUUUAAUUCCCUUUCCAUCUAUUAGAUUUUGAAGAUUUAUUAGUGAAGCAAAGAUAUGAAGAUGCCAGCUGCAGAAAUAGGAAUCGGUCAUUCACAACAAUAAUUAUUUUACUGAUUUUUUAGCUUUUAGAAUAUUUAAUAAUGUGACUUGAUAUUUUUUUAUAAAAGCAGUAUAAAUGAACAAUUAUCUGUGAAGAUGACACUAACCAGCAAUGCCACUUGUGAAAUUGUUCAAAUAAAACAUACAAGAAGAUCAUCCCCUAUUCGUUACAGAGAGUAAGUAAACACUACCUCAUGUAUGAUACCCAGCACUACUUGCAGCUAAUUGGAUUUAAUCAAAGUGAAAGUGUCCCAUGGAUCCAAUAAGUAUUUUGGAUCACUUGCUAUAUGAUUCUUUGAUUUUUUUAUAUGAUUCUGUUCACUUUUAUUCAUCAAUAUGGUGCUACUUUAAAAUUUUAGUAGAUUUGUUUUUAAGUGAUCAUUCCAUUUACAAGCAUAAUAUUUCAAGGGAUCCCUUCUUUAAAAUGUAUGUUUUUUUUAUAAUGAAUAAAAUAAGAAUAUAUUUUAGAUUACAUUAUAAUUCAUAUUGAUUUUUUUACGCCCACAUUUUCAUGUGGAUGUAUUAUGCCGUCGCCCCUCUCUGUUCAGACGUCCGUUCACAUUUUGUUUGUGGACACUCUGAGUCAAUUUUUGUCCGAUUUUGACGCAAUCGUAUUUUUAGCUUGUGGAGCCUCUAGAGGUCAUAAUUUUUAUCCAAUUCUGAUGAAACUUAAAACAUGUUUAUACAUGUAUCUCAAAGAUCUAGGUUCCUUUCGAUACUGGUGCAGUAUUUUAUUUGAUUUUAAAAACCCUUCAAAUAUAUCACUGUUACACCAUAUUUUCGUGAAAAUGUGACUUAGGCUGUCUCCCCUUUACGCAAAUAGUAUAAUAAGCAUGUAAUAAUAAAUACCAAGUUUGUGUACCCUCUAUUUUUAUCUGAUUUUGAUGGAACUUAAAAUAUAUGUUUAUAAUAUGAACUUUAUAUCCCAAAGAUAUUGAUGCAUAUCGGACCGUAACAUCCUGCCUGAUUGUACAAAAAUUCACCUCUUUACAUGUUCUCUGUCCAUCUCUUGCAAAAUGUGGGCAUAUCUUGCAUGGCAAGUACUUGUAUAUUUAACUUUGACGUCAAUUUAUAAAUAAUCUAAGGUAAAUAUUGUGGCUACAUUUUUUGUGUUCUGUACAUGAUUGUUGGAUCAUCUGCAGUCUAAGGGUAAACUGAUCUCCAUUUUUUCCCCAUUUCAAAUUUAAUAUAUAUAUAUAUAUAUAUAUAU